AACGGGAUCCCGCACGCUGUAUAUACAUGGCUGCUGUCUAGUGCUACGGUCCAAGCUAUCUGGAAUCCAUGGGACUUGCUACCCCGUUGAGGUGAAAAUGUAAAAUGGUUAAGGUAAAUGUUACGGUUAGGGAUAGGUAAGGGUUGUGGUAAAYGUAGGAGUUAAGGGUUAGAGGUUAAGGGCGUCCCAAGGAUUCCGGAUUGCUCCUGCCAGUGUUUAGUGCCACGAGCCAAACAACUUGACAGAGAUAGUGUGCUAAGUUUGUCCCCGCUGGCUUCCCAUCAAACUACCAGACUGACGGCUUUGUUUAAUUGAUAAGCUAAAAGGAUAGUUGUAUUAGGUCGAGACGCCUGGAAUAGGUUWGCGAGACGUAUCGGAGACUAUGGCGAACAUGAAAGGAUAACUGCGGAUAAAGUGUCUUGAAAAUAAGAAACUUCGACAGAAUCUCAAAGUUUAGACUUCACUGUCAUGUUUAUUGUUGAAUGCGCUUUUGUGUGCGCGAACAAACGAUAUUCAGGACUGUGUGCUGCGGAUACAGGGUCUUACUGUACUGAUACUGCUGUGGGCAGCACUGAGGACAAUGAGGCUGUGACUGGCCUCCUGCAGCCAUGACAGAGCUGGAGAUUGAUCAGUCCCACCUGCCACGGGUCCAGGAAGUGUGCCAUGUUUUUGCUGUCCUAGAGGAUGGAGCGUUGGCACACAACCUACAGGAACAGGAAAUUGAGAAGUAUUACACUACUAACAUGCAGAAGAACCAGCUGGUGCAGAAUGACAUCCGCAUCGCCAAGAGGCUGCAGAAUGAGGAGGAGGAACAGAGCACUCAGCACAGAGCCCUCCUGAGCCAGGCAUCUAGACAACUUCAGGAGGAGGACUCGGAGUACGCCAGGAUGAUCCAGGAGGAGAUCUUGAGAUGUGCUGAUGAGGAGGCUCAGAGAAGGGAGCAGGAGGACGAGGAAAUGGCUAAACGAAUCCAGGAAGAGGAGGAGCUGAGGGUCAGACAGAGGAGGAGUAGGCAGGAGAGCCUCAGUGACGGAGCCGCACUGCAGCCGGAGAAGGGGGCGUGUCUGGACCUGGGGGAGCUGCAGCAGGUGCUGCUGGAUGAGGAGCUGGCCAGGAGGCUGCAGGAGGAGGAGAAGCUGCUGAGGAGGAGCCCUCCAGCCCGUCCCACCCACUAUCAACGUGAUUCCUACCCAGCGGGAGACUUCAGAGUUGCACAAGUGGCUCAGGAUGAGGAAAUCGCCCGCUUCAUGCAGAAGCAGGAAAUGAAGUCAAAGCGUCGUUCACGUGACCUUGAUGGCCCGGGGUCACGGUGUGAACCGCAUGACCUGGCUGACCCCUAUGACAGAGGAACUGCCAGAGAGAGACGGAUCGAGCGGGAGAGACUGGACUCAGAGGACCUUCCAUCUCCUACUGAAGACUGCUCUCCAGACUAUCAGGCCCCUAGACCCACAACCCAACCACAACAGCCAAUCAGAAACAUUGCAGAGGAACUGGACCCAACCUUCAAGGCCAGUAGACAAGGCAAGGAGAGCAUCAGAGCGGGACCGACAAUCUCUGGCACAUCCUCCUGCCAGUCUCAUCCCACUCCUCACUCCGGCUUACAUGAUUUUAUGGAGGAGCCAACGUUCAUCCCGCCCACCAAGAGGCAAAGCGACAAAUCUGUACGCGCCAAAUCCAAAGAGAAGAAGGAGAACUGUAAGCAGCAGUGAUGUCAGUCUGAGACCAUGGGCCCGGGAGUAUAACAGCACACCCCUCACAUUACUUUACCGGGCUGCAAGAGGAUGUAAAGAAAAUUGUUUAGUUAUCCCAACUAGCACUUUAACCAGUUAAAAAAAAGAAUUGGGGUUUUUGUUAAAAGGACUGGUCCAGAUACUUUAUUUUUACGUUUGAGUCGUUUAAGUAGUGAGUGCAUAGAUUUUUGUACUUUUUCUUACUGUGUUCAUAUAACCCAAUAAUAUUCAAAGGGAAGAAUUGUACACUGAACAAAAAUAUAAACGCAACAUGUAAAGUGUUGGUCCCAUGUUUCCUGAGCUGAAAUAAAAGAUCCC